UAUGCAAUGCCAGAUGAACAUAGACGGCGGUAGAAUUGGGUGGUCUAAUUGCUUUAAUAGUCAAGCAUGGGUGGGCCUAUGGUGAAUGUGAAACAAGGUUGGCUUCGCGGUACGAUUGUGAAAAGUGUCGUUGGAGGAUCCUACAUCUCUUUUAAGGGAAUUCCAUUUGCAGCGCCUCCUCUAGGGGAUCUGAGGUUUUCGGAUCCUCAACCCCCACGACCUUGGACUGGCGUCCGAGAUGCUUCUAAAGAGGGGCCAAAGUGUAUUCAAAUAGACUACAUAACAUCGAACAUGGUCGGCGAUGAAGACUGUCUGUACCUCAAUGUAGCAACCACAUCUUUAAAAGGAUCGCGGCCAGUGAUGGUUUGGAUUCACGGAGGAGCUUUUAUAAUGGGCGAUGGAGGUGAUGACAUGUUUGGUCCAGAUUACCUGAUGAAGCAGGACAUUUUAGUCGUCUCGAUACAAUACAGACUUGGUGUCUUCGGUUUCCUGAAACUCGAUCACGAGGUGGUGCCUGGUAAUAUGGGUCUGAAAGAUCAAGUGGCAGCUCUGAAAUGGGUUAAGGAAAACAUCGCCCAGUUUGGUGGCGAUCCAAACAAUGUUACUCUCUUCGGAGAAAGUGCGGGCAGUUCCUCGGUGCAUUAUCAACUCGUAUCGCCGAUUUCUAAAGGUCUUUUCCACAAGGCCAUUAUGCAGAGCGGAACAAUGCUGUUUCCUUGGAUAGGGACUCCACUGUCAGUCGAAACUGCUCGACGCUAUGUCGCUGUUCUUGGAAAAGAAAUCACUGAUCCUCACGAGAUUGUUGAGUAUCUGCGCACUGUUCCGGCUGCCAAGCUUAUAGAAGCUCAAGAACAAUUUCAGACUGAUGAGGACAGGUUUAAAUUCUUAACUCCAUUUCGACCGAGCGUCGAUGACAAAAGCAAAGAGCCGUUCAUGCCGAAACCCCCUGAAGAACUUGCAGUGGAAGGUUUUGACGUGCCUGUGAUCAUUGGUUACAACAGUCAUGAGGGAAUUUUGUUCUUGUUGACACCUCAUGAUUGGAUGUUUGAAGAACUCGAUAAGAAUUUCGAGCGUACGGUGCCUGCAGAUUUGAUUAUGGAAAAUCCAUCAAAAGUAUCUCAGGUUGCGGAUGAGUUGAGAAAGUUUUACUUCAAGGAUAAACCAAUAACCACAGAUGCAGUAAGUGACUUAGUCCGGUAUUACGGAGAUACGUAUUUCCUCAACGGGACCCAAAAAGUGGUUGAAUAUCAGCAGAAGAAGAGGACGCCGACGUACUUUUACAAGUUUUCUUACGACAGUCCCAAGUCCUUGACAAAAUUAGUUUACAAAAGCUCGAUGAAAGGUACAUCUCACGAGGAUGAAGUCCCGUAUCUAUUUCAUCCUUUGCGCUUUGCCGAUCAACUUAAAAUUGAACCAAACUCAAUCGAGCAAACAGUGUCCGAUAGGUUUGUCAAGAUGUGGACAAACUUUGCAAAAACCGGAAAUCCGACACCCCAGAUCGAUGAUUUAAUUACUGUGAAAUGGGAUCCAGUAACACGGACAACGAAAAAUUACUUGGAAAUUGGUUCGGAGCUUUCCGCUGGUGUAAAUCCGGAUGAAGAGGUCGAGUUGCUGUUCAAGAGAAUCUCUGAUAUCGUUAAGAGUAACCUUUCACAAGGCGAAACAAAUGAUUGAUCAAACAAUUUGUUCCACGAUAAUUGUGAGAACGACGUUACGCA